GGCGGAAGUGGUUGCGGGGCAAGGUCUGGAGAGCCGGGGAGGGGGCGGUUCCCAUUUCUACGCGGAGCCGGAUGUUUGCUGAGCUUUGACAGGCGUGGCAGAGGGAGCAGUUCCCGAGCGUGUUGUCUCUUCAGGUUCUAUAGGGUCGGGUUGUGAGGGGCAGGCUUGGACAUGGACCCACUCUCAGAUCUGCAGGAUGACCUGACCUUAGAUGACACCAGCCAGGCUCUGAACCAGCUGAAGCUGGCCUCCAUUGAUGAGAAGAACUGGCCCUCAGAUGAGAUGCCGGACUUUCCCAAGUCAGAUGAUUCCAAAUGCAGCUCCCCGGAACCCAGCACACAUCUGAAGUGGGACGACCCUUACUACGACAUUGCCCGGCACCAGAUUGUGGAGGUGGCAGGUGAUGACAAGUUUGGGAGGAAGAUCAUUGUGUUCAGUGCCUGUCGAAUGCCCCCUAGCCACCAGCUGGACCACAGCAAACUCCUGGGGUACCUGAAGCACACGCUGGACCAGUAUGUGGAGAGUGACUACACCCUGCUCUACCUGCACCACGGCCUGACCAGCGACAACAAGCCCUCCCUCAGUUGGCUCCGGGACGCCUAUCGGGAAUUUGACCGCAAGUACAAGAAGAACAUCAAGGCCCUGUACAUCGUGCACCCCACCAUGUUCAUCAAGACCCUGCUUAUUCUCUUCAAGCCCCUCAUCAGCUUCAAGUUUGGGCGGAAGAUCUUCUACGUGAAUUACCUGAGUGAGCUGAGUGAGCACGUGAAACUGGAGCAACUAGGGAUCCCCCGCCAAGUGCUCAAGUACGAUGACUUCCUCAAGUCCACACAGAAGAGCCCGGCCACGGCCCCCAAGCCCAUGCCACCCCGGCCACCCCUGCCCAACCAGCAGUUUGGGGUCUCUUUACAGCACCUCCAGGAGAAGAAUCCAGAGCAGGAGCCCGUCCCACUGGUGCUCAGAGAGACUGUCGCCUACCUGCAGGCCCACGCUCUCACCACUGAGGGCAUUUUCCGAAGGUCGGCUAGCACCCAGGUUGUCCGGGAAGUGCAGCAGAAGUACAACAUGGGGCUGCCUGUUGAUUUCGACCAGUACAAUGAGCUUCACCUGCCAGCCGUCAUCCUCAAGACCUUCCUCCGGGAGCUUCCUGAGCCCCUGCUCACCUUUGACCUCUACCCCCACGUUGUGGGCUUCCUCAACAUUGACGAGAGCCAGAGAGUGGAGGUGACGUUGCAGGCCCUCCAGACACUGCCUGAGGAGAACUACCAGGUGCUUCGCUUCCUGACUGCCUUCUUAGUCCAGAUUUCCUCCCACAGUGACCAGAACAAGAUGAGCAACACCAACCUGGCUGUGGUCUUCGGCCCGAACCUGCUGUGGGCCAAAGAUGCCGCCAUUACUCUCAAGGCCAUUAAUCCCAUCAACACCUUCACUAAGUUCCUACUGGAUCAUCAGGGCGAGCUGUUCCCUCCCCCAGACUCCAAGGGGCAGUGAGCACAGCCCCUG